AGAUCUUCUGGCCACUCGCGCUCAGGCUCGGUCCCAAGGAUCCGAUCUUCCGCGCGUCGGCGGCUCCCCCUCGGCGGCGUCCAGCGACGGAGGGGCAGUCCCAGGCUCAGCGGCGGCGUCGGCGGCUCCCCCCACCUUCUGUCGCCAGUCGCCUCGCGCCCUCGCCUGCGUCCUCCGCGCACGACCCUGCGUACGCACCUCCCUCUCCCCUCCCGCCUCUGCUGUUCCCGUGGGAGCCCGGCCAGCUGCCCAGGGUGGCCGGGUCUUGGCUCCGCCGGUGCGUGAUGAUGAGUCUCCAAAGCCAUAGAUAUCUGCGAGUCAGGUUUAGCCAUGGAGGCGUAUGCUGGGAACAAGAGCGAUUGCUCUGAAGGGAUGAAGCUUCCCUUGGCCAUGUUUGCUGUGGAACGCAACAGCAAGAAGCGGCUGCUGUUCGAUGUUUCAAGUAGAAAGAUCCGAGGAGUAAGCAGCUACGUAUUUCCAGAUGCUACUUGUGCAUUUGAGAAUCGCGGGUGGCUUCUCAUGAUCAGACACAAACCAUGCCACUUCCAAGAGCAGAGUGCGUUCCUUGUUCACCCAAGCUCUGGCAAACAGCUUAACCUGCCAGUAUUCCCCUGUCGCGAACAAGGGUACCAAGGGUUCUUUGUUUUCUAUGUUGGUUCUCACGGAAUACCUCUAGUCGUUGCACGUUUCGAGAUCUGGAGCAUUGUUCCGACUGUGCACACUGCCUGCCCUGGAGACACGUACUGGAGUGCCUACAAGCAUGGUGUUGAACCUCCCAUGUCAAGAAGAAUGCGCAGACUACUUGAACGCAAUUGGAUCGCCGAUUUAGCUUUGCUCGGGGCACAGGUCAUCUGUGUGGACAUCAGUGGGCAGAUCCUCAUCUUCAACAUCACUGAAAUGACCUGGGGGAGAAUGGCGCCUUGUCCGAAAUGGAGCCAAGAGGAUCACCAUUUCCUUGUCGCGUCCCAUGGGGAAGUUGUGCUCGUAUCACGCCCUGGAACAAUGGAGAAUGCUUUCGAAUUCUUUAGGCUGGAUAUCGAAGCGAUGGAGUGGUCGCAGCUGGAUGACCGAGAAUUGGAUGACACCAGCUGGUUUCUUUGCAAGGGCCAAUCCUUCCGUGUGAAGGAUGCAGGCAGGAGGAGAGUCUAUACCUUUAGUGGUCCAAAACAGUGGAGUGUGAGUGUCCCGAUGGAUUCCUGCGAACAGACCACAGGUGAUGGAGUGGCGAUGGGCAGCACCGCCUGCUUCACUGGUACAUCUGGGCAUGAUGAUGUGGGGUUGAAGUCUAUUACAAAUGUGUAUGCUUAUGACUUAGAUGAUGGGACCGUCGAGAUGGUCAUCCCAGCAUCACUCGUUACAGAAGUGUGCCACUGGGUGCAGCCAAGUGUGUUUGCAACCACAUCCAAAUAAUCCCAUAUGUUACGUAUCAAGCAGGCACUUGAAAUCUAAGCACACAAAUGUUUCCCACACUAUUUCAUGCUAGUUGAUAAAGAAAAAAAACAAAUUAUUGUA